UCGCGGACUCGGCGCGCGUUCUGCCACGAUCGACGCGCAUUCGCGAAAAGCAAGUCAAUUACAAUUUUUGCAAUGACAUAUUAUUUACAAUAUUACCAGUGAGGAAUGUGACCGGCCAGUGAAAAAAAAAAUGUAAACAAACUCCUUCGGACGCAACUGUAAAAAACUUGAAGUGAUUAGAAAAAAAAUGAGUUCCAAUUCCGAAUAAGGAUCUAAAAUGUUCGAAGCAAAGGAGUUCGUUCCGAAUUUGAAAUACAGUGUUGCCAAGGUAAAAAUUGAAGAUGGACUUGACUACUCGGCGGGACAUACUGGAAGGAACAGCUGUUCCGGGAGAGACUAUACUGAAUGGGGAACAGGUGUGUCGGGAACUAGUGAACGGAACGGAGGGGCCGUGUGACGUCACGGGGGCCACGGAGGCGCCGAGGAAGACGAGCUCGUUCAGCAUCAGAAACCUGGUGGGAGGAGGGGACUCUGAGAGGUCGGCCGACGGCUCCGCGAAUGCGAACGAUGAAUAUUAUCAAGACCAGUACCAAAAGUACAACCCCACUAUGGGGGUCUCGGAGGCGCCGAAAGACGACUCCCCCCGGACGACCCCCGAGCUGUCCAGGACCGACCAGUCCCCUGCCUCGGAGCGACCUCCCCCAGGGUCGGCAGACAGCGAUGAUGCAGACGAGUUCGCCCCCAAGAGAAAACAGAGGCGGUAUAGGACCACCUUCACCAGUUUCCAGCUCGAGGAGUUGGAGAAGGCCUUCUCGAGGACGCAUUAUCCUGAUGUGUUUACCAGAGAAGAACUCGCAAUGAAGAUCGGACUUACGGAAGCUAGAAUACAGGUGUGGUUCCAAAACCGUCGAGCAAAGUGGCGUAAGCAAGAAAAGGUGGGCCCCCAAGCGCACCCCUACAACCCCUACCUAGCCGCGAGUGGGGGCGCCCCCCCUCCGUCGGUCGUCGCGUCCAUGCCCAACCCCUUCUCACAGCUGGGCUUCGGGUUCAGGAAGCCGUUCGACACUAAUGCCUUGGCGUCUUUUAGAUACGCCGGCGGUCCAGUGCUGGGCGCCCAAUACCUCGGAGCGCCUCUACCCCGGCCGCCUCUCUUCAGCGCCCCCCUCUACACCAGCUCACCCCCCUUCCACUCCCUCCUAGCGGGCCUAGCCGCCCCCCCUCGGCAAUCCCCCGACCCCCCUCCAGUUUCACCCCCUAUAUCACCAGGCAGCGAGUCCCCUCCAAACGCUCCAGAAGUUGAAAGAAGAAGCUCCAGUAUUGCUGCUCUAAGAAUGGCGGCUAGGGAACACGAGCUCAGGCUGGAAAUCCUUAGGCAGAGACACCACACAGACCUGAUUAGUUGAGCUCCACCACAGACCACAAGGAAUUCACUCGUUGGCGGGAACAAGCGUGGCGUUUGACAUUUGCGUCAGUGUUGCCCUGUAAGAUAAUAAUAGUAAAUAGUAGAUUUUAUAUUACACAACUUAGUAGGAUUUCUAAUGUGCAUUAAUUGGAAGGGGCGAAAAACAUAAAUAAAUCGAACGGCAUAAAAUUACGUAGAGUGCCUUAUUAAAUAUUGUAAUUAGAUUGAUUAUGUAUGGAGAUAUUGUAGUGAUAUGAUAUUUUUAUUUUUAAGUGCAUUUGAAAUCUUACUAGGUUUAAGAUAAGGUUUAGUUUUCCCUGAUCCGUCCAGUUACAGACCUUAUUGUUAUUUAUUGUAGCUUUAAGCGGUAUUCUUAUUUUUGUUAAGCUUAUGUAUUAAGGUGAUAAUAAUUAUGAUUAAAUUAUGUACUUAUUAUAAUACUACUGUUUUGUGCCUCCGGCGUGCCUUUCCUAUACGUUAUACAUAUUAUUAUCUACUAUACAUACAAUGAAUAAUGUAUUAUGUAGUUGAUAAAAUCUAUUGAUUCCUACGGAUAUUUAGGAAUUGAUCAUUUAAAUUCCGGCAAAUGUACCUAAUAGUUUUAAUUUCGUUACAUUGACUUUAUUAUUAUUUAUUAAUGACCCAAGUUAGAAACUUCUGCAUUUUUCAAUUAA